GCUUGAGCUGAAAAUGUCCGUGUCUGCGAUGAAGCUGUCGAGGACUACGCUACCACGGUUUGUCGUUCCUGCAAUCCAGGCACGACACCUCGCCACGCCCACCACGCCCACCAACCCCUCCUUCGCCGAGCGGCUCGCCUCCGGUCCUUCUCUGGGCGACUUCAUCCACUCCGAUCCCGAAGCUGACCAAGCUCGCGGGAUCGAGCGUAUCAUCCUUGGUAACACUUCCCAGCCCAGGCUGCCAUCACAUUUGAAGACAUCGAUUCCUUCGGGGAAAAACUAUACGAGGAUCAAGCAGGAUCUGAGGGGCUUGGGACUGCAUACCGUUUGUGAGGAAGCGAGGUGCCCGAAUAUUGGCACAUGUUGGGGAGGCGGAGGGGACGGCGUAGAGGACGCCAAGAGGCUCGCUACGGCCACCAUUAUGCUCAUGGGGGAUACAUGUACUCGCGGCUGCCGGUUUUGUAGUGUCAAGACCUCGCGCACUCCUCCCCCUCUCGACCCACAUGAACCCGAGCACACAGCAGAAGCCAUCGCUCGCUGGGGAUUGGGGUAUAUCGUCCUCACUUCCGUAGACCGGGACGACCUCCCAGACUCGGGAGCUGCCCAUUUCGCGAGUACGAUCAGCAAGAUCAAGCAGAAGAACUCGAGCGUGCUGGUUGAGGCUCUCACGGGGGACUUCAAUGGUGUCGCAAAGGAUAUAGAGCUUGUUGCGAGGUCGGGGCUGGACGUGUAUGCGCAUAAUCUGGAGACGGUGGAGAGGUUGACACCUGGCGUGAGGGAUUAUAGGGCUAAGUAUAGGCAGAGUCUGGAGGUGUUGGAGAGGGCGAAGGGGACGGGUGUGAGGGUUACCAAGACGAGUUUGAUGCUUGGUGUAGGGGAAGAGGAGGCAGAGGUGAUGCAGACGCUGCGAGAUGCGCGCAACGCCGGAGUAGACGUGGUCACCUUCGGACAGUAUAUGCGUCCCACAAAACGGCAUAUGAAAGUAACGCGCUACGUGCUCCCCUCCGAGUUCGACAGCUGGAAAGAACGCGCAGACGCAAUGGGAUUCCUAUAUGUGGCUAGUGGGCCACUUGUGCGGAGCAGCUAUAAGGCCGGGGAGAUGUUUGUCGAGAAUAUCCUUAGGGGAGAGAGGGCGAAGGGACCGAGGGACGCCGUCAUCCAGGCGGAGGAGGCUGCGGUGGGACAAUGAGCUGCGCGAAGGGUUUCAACACCGGAGAUUUGAAGCAUCACGCGCUUCUUCGUGCGUAGAGACAUCAGGCAGCUAGGAGUAUGCGGGAUGUCGGAAAAUACAACUGAGAUCAAAUAGAGGAUCAACGG